UUAGCAGGAAAACUUCAAUACUGUGUUUAUGUCAUGGAAACAUACGUGAAGCACAUUCAACUUAUCGGGGAUGUAGCUCAGUGGUAGAGCGCAUGCUUUGCAUGUAUGAGGCCCGGGGUUCGAUCCCCCGUAUCUCCAUGACUUUUUUUUUUUUUCUCGGUCCUGUAAAUCAAUGCUCGCCUUAAUUUACCUGCAGUAACUGUACUCCCUGUGACGUGGGGCCGUUGGUGUUGUCGUCAUCGUCAUCGUUUCUUGUGGUUUGAUCCUUUGUAAUACAAAUAAUAAUAAAAAAAUCAUUGGUUCUUCAUUCCAGGUCGUUCUCGGUGCUUUAGAACGGCAGCAGCUUAGAUGAAGAAGUGAAAUGUCUUCAAGAAACAAAGCUCUAACGUGUCGAAUAUUUCCCACGUCCGUGAACGCAGCACGCCGCCUCCCGUGGUAACUAAGGAGAUUGUGUAUACUUCGAAGAUGUCCUCCAUCUCCAUCUCUAAACUGUUCGCGUUCAGACAGUGGACAAAAUGAACACUAUUUAACGACUCCCGAGCCGUUAAAACCACUUUGGUGGUCGUUUCCUUCCACCACCUUACAGAAAAGUUACAGAAAUGCAGCUGAAGCAUUUGAAAACGCUGUUAACUCCGCAGGAGGGAGCAGCCAAAGUGACAUGUAUGGCCUGGGCUCUGAACAACUCCAGGUUCGCCGUGUGCACCGUGGACCGGGUGGUGCUGCUGUAUGACGAGCAGGGAGAGAGGAGAGACAAGUUCUCCACCAAACCCCUGGACCCAAAGUAUGGGAAACAAAGCUACACUGUCAACGACAUGGUGUUUUCACCAGACUCCACCAAAAUAGCCAUCGGACAGUCUGACAACAUCAUCUAUGUCUACAGAAUCGGAGAGGAGUGGGGAGACAAGAAAGCCAUUUGCAACAAGUUUGUUCAGACGAGUGCAGUGACUCGUCUGCUCUGGCCCGCAGAACACGCCGUAGUCUAUGGACUAGUGGACGGAAAGGUGCGUCUGGCCAACACUCAGACCAACCGAUCUUCAACCAUCUACGGCACAGAGUCCUGUGUCGUCUCCCUGGUGUCCAAUGUCUCAGGUAAAGGAAUCCUUUCAGGUCACGCUGACGGGACGGUGGUUCGGUACUUUUUUGAUGAUGAAGGUUCAGGAGAGUCGCAGGGGAAGCUGCUCGUGCAUCCCUGCCCCCCCUACGCUCUGGCCUGGGGGGCCAACAGCAUCAUGGUGGGGGGGUGCGAUAAGAAGGUGGUGGUGUACAGUAAGGAGGGUCAGGUCCUGCAGACCUUCGACUACAGCCGGGACCACACAGAGAAGGAGCUGACGGUGGCGGUCACCAGCCCCAGUGGACAGUCGGUGGUGUUUGGCAGCUAUGACCGGUUGCGUGUGUUCAACUGGGCUCCCAGGAGGGGCGUGUGGGACGAGGCCAAACCCAAAGAAAUCCAACACCUCUACACCAUCACCAGCCUGGCCUGGAAGAAGGAUGGCUCGCGUCUGUGUGCUGGAACGCUGUGUGGAGGGGUGGAGCUGUUCGACUGCUGCCUGCGUAGAUCCAUCUACAAGAAUAAGUUUGAGAUGACCUACGUGGGCCUGAGCCAGGUGAUCGUGAAGAACCUGUCCACAGGAACCCGCGUGGUUCUCAAGUCCUACUACGGUUAUGAGAUCGAGGAAGUGAAGAUCAUGGGGAAAGACCGGUUCCUGGUGGCUCACACCUCAGACACUCUGCUGCUGGGAGACCUGCUGACCAACAAGCUGAGCGAGGUUCCGUGGCCUGGUUCUGGGGGAAAUGAGAAGUUCUUUUUUGAAAAUGAAAUGGUGUGUAUGAUUUUUAACGCUGGAGAGCUGAGUCUGGUGGAGUACAGCAACAACGAGAUCCUGGGCUCAGUCCGGACUGAGUUCAUGAAUCCUCAUCUCAUCAGCGUUCGACUGAACGAGAGGAAGCAGAGAGGAGUGGGGGACAAUAAGAAGCUGUCGUAUCUGAUCGACAUAAAGACCAUCGCUGUUGUGGACCUGGCCGGAGGCUACAACCUGGGAACCAUCAGCCACGACUCCAAGAUUGACUGGCUGGAACUUAAUGAAACCGGACGCAAACUGCUGUUCAGGGACAAGAAGCUGCGGCUCCACCUGUACGACAUUGAGAGUGGACUGAAGACCACGCUGCUGAGUUUCUGCUCCUACGUUCAGUGGGUGCCCGGCAGUGAUGUGGUCGUGGCCCAGAACAGAGGAAACCUCUGCAUCUGGUACAGCAUCGAUAGUCCGGAGAGCAUCACCAUGUUUCCCAUCAAGGGAGACAUAGUGGAUCUGGAGAGGGUGGAAGGGAAGACAGAAGUGGUCGUGACCGAGGGCGUCAGCACCGUCAUGUACACGCUGGACGAAGGUCUGAUCGAGUUUGGUACGGCCGUGGACGACGGAGACUACGACAGAGCCACUGCCUUCCUGGAGACUCUGGAGAUGUCGCCAGAGACUGAGGCCAUGUGGAAGACGCUCAGCAAGCUGGCUGUGGAGGCACGGCAGCUGCACAUCGCAGAGAGGUGUUUUGCUGCUCUGGGCGACGUCUCCACCGCCUGUUUCCUCCACCACACAAACCAGAUCGCAGAUGAGGUGUCUGAUGAAAUGGGAGGCGACGGGACAGCGUACUACCAGGUCCAGGCCCACAUGGCCAUGCUGGACAAGAACUUCAAACUGGCAGAGAUGCAGUACUUGGAGCAGAAUGCCAUUGAUGAGGCCAUAUCCAUGUACCAGGAGCUGCACAUGUGGGACGCCUGCAUCACUGUGGCUGAAGCCAAGGGUCACCCAGAGCUGGACGUCCUGCGCAGGAGUUAUUAUCAGUGGCUGACAGAGACGGGUCAAGAGGAGAAGGCGGGGGAGGUGAAGGAGAAGGAGGGAGACUUUCAGGCAGCCAUUAAUCUGUACCUGAAGGCAGGGCUGCCGGCCAAAGCUGCCCGCCUGGCCCUGGGCCAACCAGAGAUCGGCAGCAACAGUGACAUCAUCAGUCGCAUCGCCGUCAGUCUGAUGAAGGGAGAGUUUUACGAGAGGGCAGGAGAUCUGUAUGAGAAGAUCAGGAACAACCAGAAGGCCCUGGACUGUUACUGCAAAGGAGGGGCGUUCAGGAAAGCGGUGGAGCUGGCUCGCCUCGCCUUCCCUGGCGAAGUGGUGAAACUGGAGAACUCCUGGGGCGACUACCUCGUCCAGCAGAAACAGAUGGACGCCGCCAUCAACCACUUCAUCGAAGCAGGCUGCUUCCUCAAAGCCAUCGAGGCGGCCAUCGCAGCCCGCCAGUGGAAGAAGGCCGUGCAGAUCCUGGAGGACGUGGACAAGGAUUCCUCUGCCGGGAAGUACUACGUGAAGAUCGCUCAGCACUACGCCUCCAUGCAGGAGUAUGAGGUGGCAGAGCAGCUGUAUGUGAAAGGAGGUCACAUUAAAGAUGCCAUCGACAUGUACACCACAGCAGGUCGCUGGGAGGAGGCGCACAAGCUGGCAGCGCGGUGCAUGACGGAGGAGGAAGUGAUGGCUCUGUACGUCAGCAAAGCUCAGGAGCUGGAGAGAGACAGCAAGUUCAAGGAGGCUGAGAGACUGUUCACGGCCGUGAAGCAGCCGGACCUGGCCAUCACCAUGUACAAGAAGAACAAGAUGUUUGAUGAUGUCAUUCGGAUGGUGGCCAAACAUCACCCGGACCUGCUGACGGAGACUCACCUGCAUCUGGCCAAGGAGCUGGAAACAGAGUCCAGGUUCUCAGAGGCCGAGUUCCACUUCAUGGAGGCCGAAGACCUGAAGGCCGCCGUCAACAUGUACCGAGUCAACGACAUGUGGGAGGACGCGUACAGGGUGGCCAAAGCUCACGGCAGCGCUGGUGUCCAGAGGCAGGUGGCCUACCUGUGGGCCAGGAGCCUGGGAGGAGAGGCUGCCGUCAAGCUGCUCAACAAGUUCAACCUCCUGGAAAACGCCAUCGAGACGGCUUUAAAUAACCUCUCCUUUGACUUUGCCUUUGAUUUGGCGCGCUCGUCCUUUAAAGAGAAGAUUCCUGAGAUCCACCUCAAACACGCCAUGUACCUGGAAGAUGAGGGGAAGUUCUCCGAAGCAGAGGUGGAGUUUGUCCGAGCAGGAAAACCCAAAGAAGCCGUUUUCAUGUACGUUCACAACAAAGACUGGGCCAACGCGCAGCGUGUGGCCGAGGGCUACGAUCCAGAGAGCGUGUCGGAGGUUCUGGUCGGCCAGGCCAAGUUCUGCUUUGAACAGAAAGAGUUCCAGAAGGCCGAAGCGUUCCUGCUGCGAGCCCAGAGACCAGAACUGGCUGUGAAGUACUACAAAGAUGUGGACAUGUGGAGCGACGCCAUGAGGAUCUGUAAGGAGUAUCUUCCCAACAAGCUGUCCCUGCUGCAGGAGGAGUACGAGAAGGAGACGUCCAAGAAGGGGAUCCGGGGGGUGGAGGGUUUGUUAGAACAAGCCAAAGAGUGGGAGCAGACGGGGGAGUACUCCCGGGCCGUGGAGUGUUACCUGAAGGUGAAGGAGGACGCCAACCUGGCUCUGAUGGAGAAGAGCUGGAUGAAGGCGGCGGACUUGGCCAUCAAGUUCCUGAAUACAGACCGAGCGGUGGAGGUGGUCCAGGUUGUCGGACCACGACUCGCUCACCUGGGGAAGUACAACGCUGCGGCUGAACUGUAUAUCAACAUGGAUCUGAUCGAAGAGGCCAUCGACGUUCUGAUGGAGGGAGGGGAGUGGAACAAAGCCAAGAGGGUGGCUAAGGAGCUGAAGCCCAGGUAUGAGGAGUAUGUGGACCAGAAGUACAAGGAUCAUCUGAAGAACCAAGGCAAAGUGGACUCUCUGGUUGGUGUGGACGUCAUGGCCGCUCUGGACAUGUACGCAGAAAAAGGACAGUGGGACAAAUGUCUGGACACGGCCUCCAAACAGAACUUUAAAAUACUUCAUAAAUACGUGGCUCUGUACGCCACUCACCUCAUCAAGGAGGAGGAGGCUCCGAAGGCGCUGCAGCUCUACGUCCAACACGGCGCUCCACCCAAUCCACAGAACUUCAACAUCUACAGACGUCUGUUCCUGGACCUGAUCAACGUUCCUGACACGUCUGGACCAGAGUCGUACCACAUGUGGGCCGACCUCCGCACCUUCCUGCUGCAGCUGUGUGACAACGUGUCCAAGUCGGCCGAGGCCAACUCUCCAGCUCACCAGGACUUUGAGCAGAUGCUGCUCAUCGCUCACUACUGCGCCACCAGGUGUGCGGCCAAGGCAGUGGAGCAGCUGGUGGGUGUUGCAGCCAAACUGUAAGUGUCUCUGCUGCGUCACACGGAGCUGGUUCCUGCUGCCAACGCCUUCUACGAGCGUGGCCUGCAGGCACACGCCGUGGGCUGGGAGAACAUGGCCUUCAUCUUCCUCAACCACUUCCUGGAUCUGUGUGACGCCAUCGCCGAGGGAAACCUGGACGCUCUGGACCACUCGGACUUCCUGAACACGGACAUUCCCUUUGAAGUUCCUAUUCCAACCAAACUGUGUGUCACGGAUGACCAGCGGGAGCAGAUCCGGGACUGGGUGCUGACCGUUUCUCUGGACAAACGGGUGGAGCAGGUUCUGCCGCAGGACGAACGGAACACGUACCAGGCCUCACUGGUGGCAGCAAACAGCGGCCUGCGGUCCCUGCCCUGUGUCCUCACAGGUUACCCUGUGCUGAGGAACAAGGUGGAGUUUUCAGCUGCAGGAAAAAUGGCCAACAAAGAAGACUGGAACAAAUUUCUCAUGGCCACAAAGACGACUCACAGUCCAGAGUGUCAGGACGUCCUGAAGUUCAUCAGCCAGUGGUGUGGAGCUCUGCCCUCCGCGGGGUUCUCCUUCCACUGACCCUGCUGCUGCUCUUCUGUCUCCCCCUCCAUCCAUCCUCUCUCCUCCUCACCCCCCCCUCCUCUCUCAGGACUUUAUCCUCUUCUUCAUGACCAAAGUGAGGUUUUAACAGAAAGACUUCUUACAUAU